UAAAAUCGGGAUUUUGACUACAUUGCACAUGAGGACAUGGUAAUGGCGUCCCUCUCGGCGGGAGUAGGUGAAGGGUGGAUGGCGCCAAUUUGGCUCUUCCUCACGCAAGGAGUAGUACCUGAAGAUCCAAAGGAAGCUUGGCGCCUGCGGCAGAAGGCCGCCCGGUGUACCAUAGUGGAUGAGGUGUUGUACAUGAGGUCACAUUCGGGCGCCUGUCUGCGAUGUCUCACUGAUGCAGAAGGGCUAGAAGCAAUCAAUGAAGUACAUCAGGAGACUUGUGGGAUGCAUGCAGGCGCCCGUAGCCUCGAGAAGAUUUUACUCCGUAAGGGAUAUUAUUGGCCAACGAUACGAGCGGACGCUAGGAAGCAUCUGGCAGCAUGUCACCAAUGCCAGAUUCAUGCUAAUGACAUACAUCUUCCGAUGGUGCCCAUGCAAGGGAAUGUAGGCGUCUGGCUUUUCGCUCAAUGGGGCAUGGACCUUUUGGGUCCCUUUCCCAAGGCGCCUGGGCAGUUCAAAUACCUGAUUGUUAUGGUGGACUACUUCACCAAGUGGAUUGAGGCUGAGCCUUUGGCGUCUAUCACCGAGGUGCAGGUGCGGAAAUUCACAAGGAAGAACAUCUUCGCACGAUUUGGACUCCCCGAAUCUAUCAUCACUGAUCACGGAAAGCAGUUCGAUUGCAAGAAAUUCAUCGAAUUUUGUGACGAGAACGGGGUGAUCUUGAGAUUCUCUUUUGUCGCCUACCCACAGGCCAACGGACAAGCGGAGGCAGCUAAUAAAAAUAUAUUGCAUGGUCUGCACACAAGGCUGACAGAGGCCAAGGGCAAGUGGGUGGAGGAAUUACCAAGCGUCUUAUGGGCGCAUAGAACCACCUUCAAGGUAGCUACAGGUGAAACACCCUUUGCGCUAACUUAUGGAAGCGAAGCCGUUCUGCCGGUGGAGAUGCGAGUUCCAACCAUCAGGAUGACGCGCCAAGACGAGUCAAUGGACAUCCAGGAGCGAAUUGCCGAGUUAUACCUAUUGGAUGAGCGUUGGGAGGCAGCGAUUUUGUGCUUGGAGGCAAUGAAAAGCCAGGUAGCGAGGUACUACAACAAGAAAAUGCGGGCGCACAACAUCGUGGCGGGGAGCCUGGUGUUAAAACGUGACUUUCGACCAAAGGCUAUCGAUGGUAAGAUGGUGCCUAAAUGGAAGGGCAUAUAUCGUGUGCAGGAAGUUGUCGGCCCAGCGACGUUCAAGCCGGAACAUUUGUCGGGUAAGAAGGUAAAACAAAUGUGGAAUGCACAAAAUUUGCUCAAGUAUGAGUUGAGAGAGGCAGGAGUAACAAGUGAAGGAGACGAUGACCAGAGUGAGGAAGAGACGCCAAACGGGGCGUUUGGUGAGGAGUAAGCGAAAGGGAAAGGGGAUCUGAUCUUGGGAGUUUUAUUUAGUAGGAGUAUUCAAAAGCGCCCUUGAUUGCGCCCGUAACACUGUAAAGCGCCCUCUUUUUUGUGCCCGUAGUAUUUCAAAGCGCCUGAACAUGUGAAGCGCCCAUGUGUUAGCGCCCCUGAUGUUUUUUGAAUCGGAUUAAUUAAUUAUUUCAAAACUCCCAUGAGUUGUGCCAUUAAAGCGUCCGAGACAUGUAAAGCGCCCACUAAUUGCGCCCUAACAAGAGGAACCAACGGGCCUUUGUGUACGCCCAAAGCCCUUACGCGCCACAUAUACCACUACGCAAAGAGAGCAAGUAGGCAGAAAUGGAUCUUGAUAAAAUAGUUCGGUGGAAUAAUAAGCAACAUAUGCG